GAAAAAGUGUGACUCGGAGAUGAAGGAGAAAUGCAAAGCUAUGGGACAGGAAUGCGCCGAAGUGAACAACACGGCAGCCUGUAAAGAUAAACGACCGGACGUAUGUAAGGAUGAAAUGCAGAAGCAGUGCGAAGAAAAUGACCUACAAUGUGCGGUUGUGGAUAAAGUAGCACAUUGCUUUGACCCCAAUAAGAAAACGUGCGACUCGGAGAUGAAGGAGAAAUGCAAAGCUAUGGGACAGGAAUGCGCCGAAGUGAACAACACGGCAGCCUGUAAAGAUAAACGACCGGACGUAUGUAAAUUUGAAAUGCAGAAGCAGUGCGAAAAAAAUGACCUACAAUGUGCGGUUGUGGAUAAAGUAGCACAUUGCUUUGACCCCAAUAAGAAAACGUGCGACUCGGAGAUGAAGGAGAAAUGCAAAGCUAUGGGACAGGAAUGCGCCGAAGUGAACAACACGGCAGCCUGUAAAGAUAAACGACCGGACGUAUGUAAGGAUGAAAUGCAGAAGCAGUGCGAAGAAAAUGACCUACAAUGUGCGGUUGUGGAUAAAGUAGCACAUUGCUUUGACCCCAAUAAGAAAACGUGCGACUCGGAGAUGAAGGAGAAAUGCAAAGCUAUGGGACAGGAAUGCGCCGAAGUGAACAACACGGCAGCCUGUAAAGAUAAACGACCGGACGUAUGUAAGGAUGAAAUGCAGAAGCAGUGCGAAGAAAAUGACCUACAAUGUGCGGUUGUGGAUAAAGUAGCACAUUGCUUUGACCCCAAUAAGAAAAAGUGUGACUCGGAGAUGAAGGAGAAAUGCAAAGCUAUGGGACAGGAAUGCGCCGAAGUGAACAACACGGCCGCCUGUAAAGAUAAACGACCGGACGUAUGUAAGGAUGAAAUGCAGAAGCAGUGCGAAGAAAAUGACCUACAAUGUGCGGUUGUGGAUAAAGUAGCACAUUGCUUUGACCCCAAUAAGAAAAAGUGUGACUCGGAGAUGAAGGAGAAAUGCAAAGCUAUGGGACAGGAAUGCGCCGAAGUGAACAACACGGCCGCCUGUAAAGAUAAACGACCGGACGUAUGUAAGGAUGAAAUGCAGAAGCAGUGCGAAGAAAAUGACCUACAAUGUGCGGUUGUGGAUAAUGUAGCACAUUGCGUUGGUAAGUUCUCUUUACGCUGA